AUGACUGUGCCUCCUUCAUACAGUGACCUUGGCAAAUCUGCCAAAGAAAUCUUCAGCAAAGGAUGUGGUUUCGGUGUUCUCAGACUUGAUGUGAAAACAAAGCCUCUAAUUGGACUGGAACUGAAAGGCUCUGCUUCUUGCCAUCCUGACACCAGCACUGGUGAUAUGAUCGUGGAGAUGAAAUGCAAGUGGUCAAGCUAUGAGGUGGCCUUUACAGAAAAGCUGAAUGCUGACAAAACCAUUGGAGCUGAAAUAACAGUAAAAGAUAAUAUUGCCAAAGGCUUAAAGAUUGCAUUCGAUACCGCUUUCUCCCUGAGUACCGGCAUGAAGAGGGGAAAGGUCAAGACUGCAUAUGAGUGUGACUGUAUCAACAUUCGCUGUGAUGUAGACCUUGGUUUCCAUGUUACAGCUGUUCAUGGAGCAGCUGUUGUAGGAUAUAACGGGUGGCUUGCUGGCUGCCAAAUGACCUUUGACACAGCCAAAUCUAAAGUGGCACAGACAAAUUUUGCUGUUGGUUACGAGAGUGGAGAUUUCCAGCUGCAUGCCAACGUUAAAAAUGGCUCUGAAUUUGGAGGGUCUAUUUACCAGAAAGUUGCUGACAAUCUGGAAACCGCUGUCAGUUUAUUAUGGACUGCAGGCAGCAUCAGCACACGCUUUGGCGUUGCAGCCAAAUAUCAGCUGGAUUCCAACACUUCUAUCAAUGCUAAAGUUAAUAAUGAAGGUUUGGUUGGACUAGAUUACAGUCAGACCCUACAACCUGGUGUGAAACUGAACUUCUCGGCCCUCAUUGACGGGAAAAGCAUCAGUGGUGGCCACAGGCUUGGACUGGGGUUGGAACUGGGAGCUUAA